AUGAGUUUAACUGCUAGCGAGUUUCCUUCUGGAAAAGGUGUCAUGAACAAUAUCAUCAUGUCAAAUCUCAUACAGAGGCUUAGACCCCUUGUGGGUUUGAAAGGAUGGGACUUUUGUGUUGUCUGGAAACUUAGUGAAGACCAGAGGUUUGUUGAAUGGAUGGAUUGUUGCUGUUCUGGGACUGAAAUGAGUACUCAAGAUGGUGGAUAUGAAGACCAUCUUCUUUUUCCAGUAGUUUCUGCAGUCCUUCCUUGUAGGGAUACCUUGUUACAGCAUCCAAGAACCACAUCUUGUGAUCUGCUUUCCAAAAUGUCUUCUUCGGUUCCCCUAGACUCCGGGAUCUAUGCAGAGACUUUAAUGUCCAAUCAACCGAGUUGGUUAAACUUCUCUAAUAGCACAUUUUCGAGUACUAGUGCAGAAGAAGAAACUGUCGGGACCAGGGUUUUGAUGCCAAUACCAGGAGGACUAGUUGAGCUUCUUGUUGCCAAACAAGUACUUGAAGACCAGCAUGUUAUUGAUUUCAUCACGGAGCAAUACAACUUCUCAGUAGAACAGAAUCAUAUUGGUCCAAGCUUUGGGGUAAACUUAGACAUUCAUGAUGGAAUCCAAUCGAAGCAAGUAAUUUUAGACCACGAACAAAUGGAUCCCAGCAAUCGUAUUAUCUGCUCUAGCGAUAAUUCUGCCAUGAACUUCUUGCAGCAGUUUACUCACAACUUGGGAAACAGGAUGAAGAACAGUAGUUAUAAUGUCAAUUCUUUUGAAGAUCCAUCACAUGAACAAUUUCUUUCUGAUAAGCAAAUGGACCACUCACUUCAUAAUUGUUCGGCAAAAACUGUGUUUGAUCAAGCAAUGGAGGCAAUGCAACAGUCCAUUAUGAUGAGUGAGACACAAGCUACACACCACAUGCAUAUGCAAUUUAUGGACCAGUCAUUAGAACCAGACAUGGAUCAUGAGCAGGACGCCGGAAAUAAUGAUAAGAAUUCAAAUAUUAUAAAUGAUGAUGGGGAACAAGCUACAGAUUUGAACUCAGAUUGCAGUGAUCAUGAUCAGUUUGAUGCUGAGGAUGAUGCAAAAUAUCGGAGGAGGACUGGAAAAGGGCAGGCCAAAAACCUUGUUGCAGAGAGAAAGAGAAGGAAGAAGCUUAAUGACAGGCUUUAUGAACUUAGGUCUUUAGUUCCCAAUAUCUCUAAGUUGGACAGAGCUUCUAUUCUUGGGGAUGCAAUAGAGUAUGUGAUGGAGUUGCAGAACCAAGCUAAAAAACUCCAAGAUGAGCUUGAUGAUGAUCAUGAUCACGAAGAAGAUCGCCAUGUUCAUGAAGGUGCUGCUAAUAAGCAGUGUGGCAUCACUUUCCAACAUAACAGUAUACAAUCAGAGAUUGAUCAGAGUCAAAGUGGGGUUGACCUUAAAGCUGAGCAAAAUGAUCAUCAAGCUCCAAAUGGGUUCCAUUUGGGAACAGCCGGAGAUGGUAGUGUCUCAAAACAAAGCCCCGAUUCAGAAGUUAUCCACGAUCACAAGACACAGCAGAUGGAGCCUCAAGUGGAAGUAGCCCAAAUAGAUGGGAAUCAGUUCUUUGUGAAAGUCUUCUGUGAGCACAAACCUGGUGGAUUUGUGAGAUUGAUGGAGGCUUUGAGCUCUCUGAGCUUGGAAGUUACUAAUGCCAAUGUGACUAGCUUCAGAUGCCUUGUCUCUAAUGUUUUCAUUGUAGAGAGAAAGGAUAGUGGACUAGUUGAAGCUGAUGAAGUGAGGGACUCUUUGCUAGAGCUAACAAAGAACCCAUCAAAAUGGCGCAGCGACGAAAUGGUGAAAGCAUCAGAAAUUGGGAUAGGCUUGGACAACAAUCAUCACCAUCAUCCCCAUCACCAAAACCUCCACAACCACCAUUUCAGCCCCUACCAUUUACAUCAUCUUCCUACUGAAGCAUAA